AUGAAUGAUAUUGAAUCACUUCUUUUACUUUUACCGAAAUUAACACAUCUUCGAUUAAUCGGUCAAGAUAUUUUAACUGAUCCAUCAUCAUUUGAUAGUUCUCGUUGGGAGAAUUUUAUCAAAACUAAAUUGCCUUUAUUGAACAGAUUUAAGUUCUGGUUUACUCGAUCGGUGGUUGAUAACGCGGAUUGUACUACUGUAAAAUCACUGAUAACGGUAUUCCGUACAUCAUUUUGGCUUGAAACUAAACAUUGGUGUGUUAAAUGUGAUAAUAUUUCCGGCAAAUAUCGUCAGUACUUUUCUCUUUAUUCUAUACCAAUAUCUCUUGACAUGUUUCUAUAUCCUAACGGAUACAGUGAAAUCUUACAUUCGAUAUUGAAUAUCACCGAUGAUAACUCAACAAUCAUCAUAGAGACGCACGAAUUAUCUUUAGAUUUAAGUAAAGCAAUGAAUGAAAGGAUUCAACAUCAGACUUCUCCGAGAAUGAAUUAUUGGUUUGAAAAUGUGGUCGAACUUACAUUGGAAAUCGAACAAAACUGGUCCGCUUACUUAGCUAAAUAUCUUUCGACAAUGUUUAAUCUAUCAAGCCUUCAACCAAUACAUUUAGAUUUCAAGCAAGAAUGUCAGUUUAUUGUAAGUUUGAAUGAUGAAAUCGAUACUCUAUUUAAACACGCACGGAAUCUUCGUUCAGUUAAAAUAAGUUGUCGUAAUUCUGAAAGAAUGAAACUGAUAAUUUUCAAUGCUAUCUGUUUAAAAUUACCUCGUCGUGUCAAACGUCCUCAAACUGAUAUUACCUAUGUGGAUGAUGCAAAACUGUUAUUAGAAAAAAUUGAGCAUUUAUCACAUGCCACAUUUCAAAACUCUGACGCCUAUGGUUUCGUGAUUAAAAUAAUCCAACAGACUCCAAGAAUAGAAAGAGAUGUUGCAUACGAAGUGGAGUGUUAUGCGUGGGUCGAUGAUUAUCCAAGGGCCAAUUUAGUACACUUUUGGCUUGGUAAGAGCAUAAAUAAGCAAUUAAACAUACAAACUAAUCAUAAACGUAUGAAGCGAGUUCGUUAA